ACACCCCUUCCCUCGUGUGUUCAGCUCCUGCAGCAAGAGGCAGCUGGAGAACUACUUCCAGAAGGGAGGUGGGAUGUGUCUCUUCAACCUGCCCGACACCAAGGACCUGGUGGUGGGACGGAAAUGUGGCAAUGGCUUUCUGGAGGAAGGAGAGGACUGUGACUGCGGGGAGGUGGAGGAGUGCACCAACCCGUGCUGCAACGCUCACAACUGCACACUGAAGGAGGGGGCCCAGUGUGCCCACGGUGACUGCUGCCAGAGCUGCAAGCUGAAGGUGGCUGGGACGAUCUGCAGGGAUGCAGCAGGAUCCUGUGACCUCCCUGAAUACUGCACGGGUGCCUCACCUUACUGCCCAGCCAACGUGUACCUGCUGGAUGGCUCUUCCUGUGCCUAUGGCGAGGCUUAUUGCAACAACGGCAUGUGCAUGACCCACCACCAGCAGUGUGUCCAGCUCUGGGGACCAGGUGCCUGGCCAGCCCCAGAUGCCUGUUUCCAGGACGUAAACAUGGCUGGUAACACCUACGGCAACUGUGGCAAAGACAGCCAAGGGCGCUACGUGAAAUGUGACAAGAGGGAUGCCAUGUGUGGCAAGAUCCAGUGCCAGAGCUCAGCUAAGAAGCCCCAGGGGACCAACACUGUGUCCAUCGACACCACCAUCCGCUUCAACGGGCGGGAGGUGAAGUGCCGUGGUACCUACAUGUACACUGCGAAGGAUGAUGAGGAAGACCUCUCUGACCCCGGGCUGGUGAUGACAGGGACUAAAUGUGGAGAUGGGAUGGUUUGCAAGGAUCGCCGGUGCCAGAAUGCCUCCCUUUUUGAGCUGGAAAAGUGUGUUUCCCGGUGCAACGGCCAUGGGGUCUGCAACAGCAACAAGAACUGUCACUGUGACGCUGGCUGGGCUCCCCCCUACUGUGAGAAGCCAGGCUUGGGUGGCAGCGUGGACAGUGGCCCUGUGCAGCGCGACAACCAUGAAGCCAUCUUAAUAACCCUUCUGCUCAUCUUCCUGCUCUUCCUCCCGGCCCUGAUGGUCAUCAUCUACUUCUGGUACCGGCGGGAGAACUCGCUCCUGAAUAAAUGGAUAAAGGAGAUAAGGAGGAGGAGCCGGGAGACACACAGGAACAGAACCGUCGGUCGGAAGUCAACCAGUGGCCAUCCCAAAGCUGCUUUCACCUUGAGGAACAUUUCCACCUCCAGCCAUACUAGUAAAGCCACACGGGCCACGUUCCCCUCCAGACCCAGCUCUCAGCCUGUCAACAUUGUCCACCCUCUUCGCCCAGCUCCUCACUCCAUCCCCCUGCGCCCAAGAGACCCCAAACCUGCCAGGCCACCACCUCCAGUCUGCAGAUCACCCAUGGUGCCCACCAAAGCAGCUGUGUCCCAGGCUAAGCUGCCACCUCCAAAGAGACCUCUUCCCUGCAGCCCCAUGAGGACCCCACUGGUCGCCCCAAAGCAUCAGCCACCCCGUCGGCCGUUGCCUGGAUGUCCUCUUAUGGCCAAAGAGCUGCCUCCUGCACAUGGACAGACCCUGCUGGUCAUGGUCCCUCCUACCAACUUCAAGAUGUCGGGUACAAGUGCCAUGAGCCACCCCACGAGGCCAUUAAAGCCGAUGCCACCUCAAAGGCCAGUCCCAGCCAUCAAAGUCCAAUCAACCUCCUUCCCCUUGAAGAAGUGACAAACCAAGGACACCUUAAGCCCAUCCUUCCUGAGCUGGCUCUCCUGAUUUGCACUGCUGCUGGCGACAGGGGUCUUAUUCCUCUCUUGAUUUAUUUGU